AUGCCUGCAGUGCUUGGUGUUGUUGCUAUCAUGUCAGUAAUCACCAUGGUGAUAUGGGAAUUUGAUGCCAAUGAUUACAACAAUUGUAUCCUUGGCAACUCAUUAGAUAUUGUUGCUGCAGUGCACACUAUUACUAUCAAGUGUUUUGGACAGUGGAUAGACUAUUUCAAGAUGCUUCAAAAGAACUGCAGCCUGGAGAAUACCCUCAAGAUUCCAUUACACAGCAAUGUCAGGUGGGCACUGCAGAUGGAAUGCUUGGGCAUGCAUAUACACUACAAUAGGUCAUCAACAUAUUCAUCAGCACAGCAGAUGAGCUCUUUGGGCCAGUCACAGUCAUUCAGCACAAUGGGAAACUGGAUGCUAAUAACAUUCAACAAUUAUGAGAUCUACAAGGAUGCCAUCCAGGCUGGCCUUGACAAGAUCAGAAAAUACUACUGGAAGUUUGAUAACAAGCCUAUGUAUGUUCUCAUGCUCAUUCUCUAUCUAUAUUACAAACUGGCAUACACCAAGAUGCAGUGGGGCAGGCCCAAAGAGCAGGCAAAGGAGUGUACUGCUGGAAAUCCAAACACUAUUGAUUGGUACAAUUAG